CUUCUUCCCUCUUCUCGUGUCAGUUGCGAUGACGUCUCGUGGAGGGACGAUAGAUGGGUUCUUUUACAAGAACGCCAAUAAUGGCGCUACUGGUGGGGAUGGAAGUGUGGACCCUGCGCCGCGAUUGGGCGGCACGCGAGUGAACGACCUGCAUCAUGACGGGCCAAAGCUAUGUGCGUACGUGAGCCCCGAUCCGAGCGAGGAGGACCUGCAGUGGCUGACACAAAUGGGCGUCACCCACUGCUUCACGUGGAUUCGGUACUUGGAAGGCUGGAACACUCGGAGCAUCGCAUCCCUUCGCCGCAUCAUUGAAGCCCAUGGUCUCAUCCUCAAUAACAUCGGCUGCCUUGAGCUGGGCAAGAACCCGGCCAUCAUUUUGGGCACGAGGGACCGAGACGCGGAGAUUGAGCGGUUUGCCACGUUUAUUGGAAUGCUGAGCAAGGCGGGUGUGCAUGUGACGACAUUCACGUGGGAGCCGGAGGGCGUUGUGUACUCCACCGGCACCGCUGUCGUGCGUGGCGGUGCGCUCGGCCGAUAUGUGGACGCACACACGCUGUCCCGGCUCCCCACAAGCAGCCCGGCAGGCGAGACCAUCACAGAGGCGCGCCUGUGGGCGAACAUGGCAUACUUCUUGGAGCGGAUGGUCCCCGUGUGUGAGCGACACCGCGUGCGGCUGCUGCUGCAUCCCAACGAUCCGCCCAUGCAGCAGGUGUGCGGCAUGCCGUGCCUGAUGCGAACGCGCGAGGCCUUUGAGCGCGUGUUUGCAGCAGCGGGCAACUCGCCAUGGGUUGGCAUGGAGUUCUGCUGCGGCACGUGGAUGGAAGGCUUGCGAAAGGGAAGCAGUCGUGAUGAUGACGAUGCUGGCUGUGGUGACAGGGUUCGUGGUGGUGAUGGUGAAACGCGGGGUGAUGGGAGUGACAGCAAGAGCGUGAGCCGCUGUGGUGGUGGUGAUGCUAGCAGACAUGGUGAUCCCGUUGGUGUUGAUGAUGGUGCGCAGGGCUGGGCAAGCCAUGGUCGCAGUGGCGAUCGUGAUGAUGGCGGUGGUGGCUGUGACGCUGCGGUGCGGGUGCUGGGUGGGUUUGGACACGGCCCUGACGCGCUAUUUGAGGCACUCGAUCACUUUAUUCGCCUUGGAAAAGUUGGCAUUGUGCAUCUCCGCAACACGACUGCGCCGCUGCCACGAUUUGCAGAGACGUUUGUCGACGACGGAUUUCUGGACGUGUGCCGCGUGGCGCGUGUGCUUGUCAACGCCAAGUUCCAUGGCACCGUCAUUCUGGACCACACGCCCCCGUUUGCGGGCCAAGCUGGGGAUCGGUGUGCCACCAGCUUCAGCAUCGGCUACAUUAAGGCCUGUCUCCGAGCAGCACAAGCGGCACUUUGAAUGUGUGCAUGUGUGUGUAUGUUCGUGUAUGUAUGUUUGUGUAUGUAUGUUUGUGUGUGUCUGUGUGCGCCUGUGUGUGUGUGUGUGUGUGUGUGUGCGUGUGCGUGCGUGCCUGUGUGUGUGUGUGUGUGUGUGUG